GUCUCCUGGCCAGCCCAGUCAGCGAGCCUUCCCCACGGACCCGGAGGCAGUGCGCCAUGCCGUGCGGCAUCAGAUUAGGUCGCUGUUUCAGACGGAUACGGAAUUUCUCCUUCAGGGACGUGUUUUUUUGGGGAUGUUGUAGAAGACAAAGGAACAACUCACCUGACAGACAUGUGGAAAGUCCAGACCGCAUGCAGCAGAGCACAAUUCAGGACUGGGGUGAAGAGGCAGAAGAGGGAGCUGUUUACCAUGUCACCCUGAAAAGAGUGCAGAUUCAUCAGGCUGCCAACAAAGGAGCAAGAUGGCUAGGCGCUGGAGGGGACCAGUUACCUCCAGAACAUACUGUCAGCCAGUAUGAAACACGCAAGAUCAGGACAAUAAAGGCUGGAACUUUGGAGAAACUUGUGGAGAACCUUCCGACAGCUUUUGGAGACAAUGAUUUUACCUACAUCAGUAUCUUUCUCUCAACAUACCGGGCUUUUGCUUCUACUAAGGAAGUAUUGGAACUACUCCUUGACAAGUAUGGAAACCUGGAGAUCUCAAGCUAUGAAGAAGCUGGAGACCAGAAUUCCUCCGAAUCCAAUACAGUACUCAGGACUGCAAUAGCAUCAAUCUUACGAGCCUGGCUCGAUCAGUGCCCUGAGGAUUUCCGAGAGCCACCCAACUACCCGUGUUUGCUGAAGUUGCUGGAUUACCUGAAGAGCAAUAUCCCUGGCUCUGACCCAGAGAGGAGGGCGCAGAAACUCUUGGAGCAGUUCCAGAACCAAGAAGUGGAAAACGAUGAUGGGUUCCGUAACACUUCCCCCUGUAACCUAUAUGAUGAAGAGGAACUGGAGAUCAGCACUCCAGAAGAAUUCUCUUUUUUCCAAGAAGACCUUGUGGCAGAACAGUUGACAUACAUGGAUGCAAAACUCUUCAAGCAAGUUGUGCCCCACCACUGUUUGGGAUGCAUCUGGUCUCAAAGGGAUAAGAAAGAAAACAAGAACCUGGCACCUACCAUCAGAGCUACCAUCUCUCAGUUCAAUGCAGUUACCAAAUGUGUCAUCAGCACUGUCCUGAAGGACAAGGAACUCAAAACACAGCAAAGAGCCAAGAUCAUUGAGAAGUGGAUUCAUAUUGCACACGAAUGUAGGAUCCUGAAGAAUUUUUCCUCCUUGAGGGCCAUCAUUUCAGCUCUGCAGUCCAACUCCAUCUAUCGGCUAAAGAAGACGUGGGGGUGUGUUUCAAAGGACAUAAUGCUGAUAUUCGAAGAGCUGUCCGAUAUCUUCUCGGACCAUGACAAUUAUUUGACAAGCAGGGAGCUGCUAAUGAAGGAAGGGACAUCCAAAUUUGCAAACCUGGACAGCAGUGUGAAAGAAAAUCAGAAAAGGACACGGAGGCGACUGCAACUUCAAAAAUAUAUGGGAUUAAUGCAAGGCACGGUACCUUAUCUUGGUACCUUCCUCACUGAUCUCAUCAUGCUUGACACAGCACUUCAGGACUAUACUGAGGGUGGCCUGAUCAAUUUUGAGAAGAGACGAAAGGAAUUUGAAGUCAUUGCCCAAAUUAAGCUCUUGCAAUCUGCAUGUAACAGCUAUUGCAUGACACCAGACCAAAAAUUCAUCCGGUGGUUCAGGAGGCAAGAGCAUUUAACUGAGGAGGAGAGUUACAGCCUUUCAUGUGAAAUUGAAGCAGCUGCUGACACCAGCACUAUGUUCCCAAAGUCUCGGAAAAGCAUGGUGAAGAGGCUCAGCCAAUUGUUUCUAGGCUCCGAGGUGCUCACCCACAGCACACCCACCAAGGAGCAACCCAAAUGUGCUCCGAGUGGGAGCUCGGGUGAAAGCACCGACUCAGCCAGCGUUUCGUCGCUUGAGUUUAAUCAAUCUGAAACUGAAGAUGCCUUCACCACUCCCAUGGGCACUCCUGAGGAGCCUCAGAAAAAGCUCCCUGAAGAACCCUCUUCCUCUUUCUCCUCCAUCUUCUCCCUCCCCUCCUCCUCCUCCUCCUGCACUUAUUCCAUUGACACAUCUUCCUCGGGGGUGUCAUCUCCAGUUCAAUCCUCUCCCUCACUCUCCUCCAAUAACAAGCGCUCCGACAAGCGCUCAGACAAGUUCUGCGAUAAUUGCUCCGACAAGUGCUCCGACAAGCGCUCUGUCUCCGCGCCGCCCAUUCUCUCACAAGUGCUGCCUCCUGUUGACAACCAGCAGAAGGAAGAUACGUGCGUCAUCCGGAUCAGCACGGAAAACAACAACGACAAUAUCUACAAGAGCAUCCUGAUAACUAACCAAGAGAAAACUCCGGCUGUCAUCCAGAGAGCUAUGGCGAAGCACAACCUGGAAUCUGACACGGCUGAGGAUUAUGAGCUUGUACAAGUCAUCUCUCGGGACAAAGAACUGGUGAUCCCGAGCAACGCCAACGUGUUCUACGCCAUGAACAGCCGCGUGAGCUUCAAUUUCCUCCUGCGGAAAAAAUCUUCGGUCAACAAGCAGGUGAAAAUGAGGAGCUGGUCCAGCCUGACGUUCCCCAGAACUGCCAAACAGGGGUGCCGGAGCGACCAGCCCAGCAAAAUCACACUGUGAGGGAGACGAGGCCACGGGGAGAACUGGUUGGAGGGCUACCUUUGCAACCAUCCAGUAUUAUAGAAUCACAGCAGAUGAACGCGUCAGUAUUCAACUUGGAAAAUAUUUGAGGCUGAAAUUCAAAGGUAGACCUACAACCAGAGAUAUGGCUUUCCUCCCUUGAAGCUGGAUAUGGACAGUACAGACUGGAAUUUUUUCUUUUUCUUCAUUUUUUUUUUUUUUUGUUUUGCACAUUAGCCUAGGAAUGUGAAAGCCCCCGUUAGAGGGGAAAACAGGACUGCAACAUUUGUUUUAAGAACACCAUACAAGCCAGCUCUUUUUGUGAGAAAACAUUUUCCUUUGUGCCAGUAUUACACAGAAGAAGAAGGUCUAAAUUUAUUUUUAUAAAACUGGACAAGUCUCAGUACAACUCUGCCUGAACCAAGGAGGGGGUCCCAGCCUGCUCCAGCUCGACGGGAGCACUAGUUUGCAGGAGGUGUGGGUGAGCCGAGUGCCACGAGCAGUUGCUGCCUCCAGGAGGGAUUUGCCUCCACCCAAAAGCAGGGCGGGUACAUCCCCAAAACGCUCAGCGCUGGAGACGGCAGCAACUGCCCGUGGGUGUAUUGCUUUCACACAGCUGGAAAACUUCUUUUUGCACUUGUUCCACACCAGAAAAUUACCUAUUUUGGAUUUUUUUUCCAAAGAACUUCUUUUAAAAGAAUGGACUGCACUUGCUUUUGGAUGAAUGUCGUGGUUUGUUCAUGAACAAGGCAACCAAACACUACUUGUCUGGAUUUAGGUCUUGUCUUAAUGCCACUACAGGGUGGUUCUUCUUUUCCUUUGCUAACCCAUUGAACAGAAAUCGAUGCCUUUUGCAUGUACUCUGAAGUGACUGAUGUACCUCUUUGUAAUGUGCAAUCACUCUUCAAGAGCAGAACUUUUAACUCACCGUUUUCAUUCACGAGGGGCAACUACACGACCUUCUGUUUUAAACGUGCGUAUUGAGAGGAGGUAGCCGGGUUUUAAGCAUUAUCCCAAACAACCAGAGAUUUUUAUAUACUUGUAGCAUUAUUAUGCAUAAUCUACAGGCACCUCCCUUGCUCUUUAUAUACUUCUACUAAAUGAAUUUCCUGACAUGGUACAUCCUUUCAGCUGGAAGGAAGAAUUCAGCUGGAAUUUAAUCAUCUGUUCUCUGUGAAACUUCAAAUAGCAAGUCUUGAGUCUCUUCCCGGAACACAGCCUUCCUUGAAAGAAUAGUUAGAGAUUUGAUUUUAAAAAGCCAUAAGUGGGACAUUGGCAGCUUUUACUGAACAGGCUCUCUUUGAGACACAUUACUAUUGGUUAAACUCAAAUACUGAAUUUUAUACGAGCCUGGGUCUUUCCCACCAGUUCUGUAGCCCAAAUUUUGAAAACUGGGCUCAGGUGACAGUAACGAUUGGCGAUAAACUCAUGGCACAAACAGUGCUGGGUUGUGCCAUGUUCUACACUACGUGAAGAUUUAUCACCUCUGUUUACAAGUAGCACCAUGCAGGUCUUAGUCUGAACAGUUUAAGAACUCCCACCGUGUUCCUGUUGAGAGGGUGAAGGUGGUGAGUUUGUACCUGAGCCUUAACCUUUGCCCAGAGUUAGAGCAAGAUUACCCUAGAAGUUAAGUUUUCCUUGUAUUUCAGUGUAAGCACGAAUUGAUGUUUCUAUGGUUGUAAAACAUAGUAUUGCUCACUCUGAGGUUGCAUGUCUGCGUAAAACUGAAAAGUGAAUGUUCUUGACUUUAAAAUUACACUCUUCAAAAGGUUAUAUAUGAAAAAGAUUGUAUUUUUUUUAAUUGCUUACUUGUAAUCUUUAUCCAAUAAGUAUAUAAACGUUUUUCCACUAAUA